AUGUUGUAUUGAUAAACUAUUAAAGUCGCAUCACGCAUCAGCUGUUUUAUCAUAUAACUGCCACGCACCUGUUGUGCGACCAGUCUUGUGACGUAGCCGAUUUGGGGUGGAUUAUUUAUCCAAUUACAUGUAACGAUUGCUAUUGGAAGAACCAGUUUUAAUUCCUGCAGCCAGUUAGAGCAUCAUUGCGAACCAGCACUCCUUGUUGGGGGCGGCUAGUGUGUACUAAACUAGUGUCACUUAAAACGGCAUUCUAUUGUAACUUACGGUAUCAAUGCUUGCGGACAUUAGUCUUUCACUGAACAAGGGACUUCUAACAGCCUUUGGUGUCUAGUUUUGGUUUUUUGUAGUGAAACAUUUGAAGCUUUCUGAACAGAGACCGGGAACAUUUAGACAGGAAAUGCGAAAAUCGUCUUACUUUGCGUUAUUUAGUGCAACCUUAUGUGUCUAUUUCUCUGUCCAAAUUUCCUCUGUAACAGCAGCAAAAUGCAAAGGACCUUGGGCAAAUCACAUGUGUUUUGGUGGAAACGGAAAGAGAUCGUGGUCCCCUCCUCCACCGGAAGUUGAAGACAAAAGAGCUGAUGAAUUUGGAAGAACUGUGCUUAGAAAUGUUCUGUUAAAACGAUUUAACUCAUUUGAGCCAGAGGACAAAUAUUAUAGCGAUUCAGAUAGGUUUUAUCCCAUGGACUCCGAAUUUAGGGAGGAAGGCGAUUCUGGUGUCAAGAACGAUUACCUAAGAGAGCUUUUACAAGAACAGUUGUUGCGGCGGGAGAUGGCAGCCCUGACAGAAGAUGACCAAUACGUCUGACGGGACCUACCAUUGGGAUUUUACUUUCAUUAAAUUUUGUUUAAUAAAAUAUGAUAUAUGAUUUGUGCUAAGGACUUCGUUUUUCUGUAGUUUGUUUCACGAUUUCUGUCAAAAGCUGUUCAUAGACUUCUGCAUACCAUUCUUAGUCUGUGUAUUUUCCAAAGAUCCGGGCUCUGCAUUUUUCGUCGCUGUCUGUGUUAACACGUGUUUAGAUUCAUCAAUAAAGUCAUAUUCUUUUA